AUGAGAAUUCGAGUCCGUGGACCUUCAGGGCAGUCAACUGUUACUUUGGAUGAUACCGCAACCAUCCAAGACCUUCAAACCCAAAUUGCGGAGAAGACCGGUCUUGCUACUUUUGACGUUAAAUAUGGAUAUCCUCUCAAACCACUUGGGCUUGACAGCUUCCAACCAGACCAGAAGAUCUUAGAAAUUGGGAUAAAUCUAAACGGAGAGUCACUCAUCGUCGCACAGAAAGAAGGCGCCACCCGAGGCGUGAGCGACGAUGCGCCAACAGCCCCUAUAGCGCCAUCGCAGCCAUCGCAGCCAUCGCAGCCAUCGAUAUCGCAAAGACCACAAGAGAACGCCGAAGACCCACCAGAAAUCGCCUCCCCAGAUCAUGCCGGGACGUUCGUUCUCCGGGUGAUGCCCGAUGACAACUCGUGCCUUUUCCGAGCAGUGGGCGCUGCCGUCAUGGGCGAUAUGGACACGAUGGUUGAGCUACGAUCGAUUAUUGCAGGAACUAUUCAAUCAAAUCCGACGGAAUAUACAGCGGCGAUUUUGGGCAAAAAGCCGGACGAAUACUGUACUUGGAUCCAGAACGAGGACUCGUGGGGUGGCGCCAUCGAGCUCAAGAUUCUCAGCGAAUACUUCAAUAUCGAGAUAUGCUCCAUCGAUGUACAGACUCUGAACAUGUUCCAAUUUAAUGAGGGAGCACCGACGCGGUGUAUUGUGGUGUACUCGGGGAUUCACUACGAUGUCCUGGCGCUAUCCCCCUCUCGCCCGCCUUAUACUCGUGCCAACCCACUGCCACAUGGAGAUACCAAGAUCUUCGAGGCUGUGGAUCCGGUUGUUCUGCAAAAGGCCAAAGAAUUGUGCCGGGUGUUGCAAGGCAAGCACUACUACACAGACACUUCUGGGUUUACUGUUCGCUGUAACAUCUGCGGAGGCACAUUCACUGGAGAGAAGGGUGCUACGAAGCAUGCCGCGGAGACCGGGCAUUACGAUUUCGGAGAGGCGAGCUAG